CCAGGGGAAAUUUAUAAAAGGAUACGGGGGGUCUAAACCGAUAAAGUGGUCAAUUGGCUAUGCUUUUUCCUGAAGUCUAACUUUGUGUGGGUGCCAUUUCCGGCUUAUGCUUGCCUUCUAUCUAAGAAUUUGUUAUGUAAAAUGAAACAGGAUUAGGUUUAAGCAGACUGAACUGUCGAUCACCCUUUGAAAAAUGAUUUUUAUUCAUGUGACUAGUAUGAGCUUGGUUGCAAUAGUCUAGGAAACUAUAAGCAAAUGUCUGUAUUAAGAAAAAAUAUUCCAAGCUAAAGCAGGAUCACCAGAUCUCCUUCCGGAGGUCUCAAGAGUAAGAUAUUCUAUUACAGGAAUCAUGUAUAGGCAGAAAUGUCUCACAGCUACACGCGAUACCUGUACCGUUCCCUUCUUAAGCUGCCAAUGAUUUUUUUACCGUGAGAUUUGUGUUAUUAGAAAAUAUCAUGUCUUGGUAAAUAGACAUUUGAUGGAUACUUUAUCAGAUUCACAUGCUUGUGCUUCCACAAGAAACAGUACUGCCUGUUUGUAGUCCUUCACUUGCUUUAGACUUGGGAUAGGCCAAAAGUUUCCGGCAAAUCGCAUUGUAUCCAUCAGAUCCCAUCUCUUUCCCUGGGCCCAACUUCGAACGGAUGGCCCCACCAGGAAUUAUGACCGUUGCCCUCACCCCCAGCUUUGGUUUCUUAGUGGCAACUAUUUUCAAAUUUAAAACCCCCUAACUUUAUAGCCGUUGGCAUCUCUGCCUAGAGAGAGAGAGAAGCUUAAUGAAAAGCUCGGAGUUGCUUCUCCUGAUCCCUCCCAAUUCCCUUUCAUUCCAUUCUCUAAAUUGAAUCAUUUCAUGUCCUUAUUUCCAAUUAAUCUACAGGGCAUCCACACAGCCCCCCACUUUUCCUUCUUUCCUUCUCCUUCCUCCAAAUCUCCGAGCCUGCCUUCAAUACCGGAUUGGAGUGGAGAAAGUGGAGAUGAAGGGGAUGAAAGGCAGGAUCCUGAAGAAGCUCAAGUCCAUCCCCCAUGUCGGAUACCUCAAAGAAGGCCGAGUCCUCCAUAUGAAUGCCUCCGAUGGGUUGCUCGAGGACUCCCCUCCCCACAACCCCGGCCGGUUUCUCUGCGAUCUCCCCGUUACCAGAGAAGAAAACCCUGAUUCCAAGGUCUCCAACCCCACCACACCCUCCCAACCCGAAAUCAUCAAUGUUGACGAUCUCAUGAGAGAUCUCGAAGACGAGGAACCGGAUCUCAGCAGUGGAAAUAAAGAGAACAUCAGACCGGUGUCACCGCCAAAACACCCGGCUUCAUGGAAGAAGAAAUCAGAGAACUCCCUCCAGUCUGAAACCGAAGACCAUAAUUCUGAGGUCGACAUGCCCGCCUUCCGGCGACCCGACCUCAAUUCCGACACCCUGUUCGACCCCGACCUUCUCGCUGCAUUCGAACAGGCAGUGAUGGAUCAUAUGCGAAGCUAUGAGGAAGCUAGGAGCACGGCCAGGGCACCAAAAGAAGAAGAAGAAGAAGAAGAAUCCCUUAUAGAUGAAGAGCCUCCCUCGAAAGUUCCUCGCAAAAGCGAGGACUACGUGGAUCCACUGAUGGAAUUCGAGGAGAGGUGCCCUCCAGGAGCGAUGGGAGCUAUAGUUCUAUACACGACGACACUCCGAGGGGUGAGGAAGACAUUCGAGGACUGCAACAGCGUCAGGUUUCUGCUUGGGAGCUUGAAACUGGUGUUCUUGGAGAGAGAUGUAUCAAUGCACAUGGUAUUCAGGGAGGAGCUUUGGAGAGUGUUAGGGGGCCGGACAAUCCCCCCAAGGCUCUUCAUUAAUGGGAGAUAUAUAGGAGGGGCCGACGAGGUGCUGGGGCUUCAUGAGCAGGGGAAGCUUCUGCCAUUGGUGCAGGGCUUGCAGCUCGAGCGGUCGGGUGGAGCGGCUUGCAAAGGGUGCGGCGGGGUGAGGUUCAUGCUGUGCUGCGAGUGUAAUGGCAGUCGCAAGCUGUAUCAUGAUGAGAAUGGGAUGCACAUCCAAUGCAAUCACUGCAAUGAGAAUGGUUUGAUUCCAUGCCCCAUUUGUUGCUAAACAUGCUCUCUUGCCUUUGGAGAUUUCCUUCCUCCGAGAGAUUCGUUGUGCUGCGAAUCUCUAAAUUCUUUUGAUUGUCAUUUUGCGCUGUAUCAUCGGUGCUGUUUGUGGGUAUGUGCAAAGUUGCUUCAUCUUCUAAUUACUUUUUUGCAGAGUUGCUCCAUUAUUCUCUCUGAUCUACAUUCACCUUGUCAAUAAUUUGCUGUUGUAAACCUUGGCAAUGAACUUUGGACCUCUUGCUCUG